AUUGAAUUGAUUCCAGAGUACCGACAUUUCAAGCUUUGCGUUAUGGAUGGAGACUCUGAACCUUUAAGAGAUGGUAACUGCAACAGCAAGAUAAAUUCAACUGCUAGUCGUCGACAUGUCGAAGUCGUACGCUUUUCAGAUACCUUGUUAAAAAUGUAUCACGGCAUUCUUCAGUACGUCAUGGAAUUAUACCGAGACAACAGAGACUGUCAAUACUCUUGGGAGCAUUUCAGAAGUGCUGCUGACAGGCUGGCCGAAAUGCACAAGUAUGCAAAACUCACGAUACUCAAGGUGUAUGAACUUGGUAUUGUCGAAGGAGCGGCUUCAUUCUCCUCAGAUUUCAUGGAGAAAAUUCACGACAUGCAGCUUCAAACCGGAAACGAGAAUAUUCCAUUCGAUUACCUUAAACAGUACCUUUCUAGACCAGGUGAUCCACCUCCAAAGUCUUUGCGGCGUAUUAAACGUUUUGCUGUUCGCCGACGUUCACAACCUGUACGUAAUGCUAGGGAAAUAGUUGAACGGUACAUGAAUCAGAACGACAUAAAUUCUCAGUUAAGUGAAACAGCCUCCUCAUCUUAUGCUCAUCGAUCUAAAACACUCCAAUGGGAUACAGAAAAUAAACAGUCCAAUUGGACUGUUAUUCAAAACACUUCAUCGCGUAUAUGUCCUGAUGCCGAGACCGAUUGCCCUAGUGAAGACAGCUGGACCUCACUAAGCAGUUGUACUUGCGAUGAUUAUUUAACAGAUACCUCGAAUUCAACUAACGAAGAUGAUGAAGGUGAAAGUGAUCCUGUUGCCGCAUAAAAUCAAAAGACUUUAAACUAAUGGAUAGUAUGGUUCCAUUUUGAAUUUCUGUAGCUUGUGGCUUUUCUUUGAAAAUAUUCGUGAUCGAUAUGUAGAUUUUUGAAGUACCUGUGCAAUGGAAUUGGAAGCCUACAUACUAUUGUCACAGUGAUCGCUUCAGCCCAAAUUCAUCCCAAUAGCUGAACAUAGUUUUUUCCUUCGAAUUCUUCAUCUUGACAACUUGGUUGUGAGUAUUUUUUGCUCAUUAGUGGUGUGUACUUAUGCAUAUGCCAUCACAUCUAUAUUUUGUUGUUCCCAGAUGUAUAUUGCAAUUGUAAUUCUUUGUUUAUUUAGUUUAAACUGAACUUCCUAUUGCGUCAUCUAUUUUUUUUGGAAAAACCACCUAUUAUGCUUUAUGUAUGUGUAUGCAAAAAUUGUGUUCGAACCCAUAUUUUUGCUAUUCUUCUUAGAAUUAUUCCUACUGAGUAGUUACUUAUUGUCUGAAGGUUGAUUUUGGAACCAAUGUUAUUGACGCUUACCUCCUAUAACCUUAUAUAUUAAUGCACUGUCGAAGUAUGAAUCCUUGAUUAUCCAUUUCUGCAUUCAUCUGCAUCUGUUCACAUUUAUGUAAGGUAUGUUUCUGUCAAUCUAAGUGAUUUCAUAGAUGAGCGAAAAAAUUGUCCCGAAUUCACUUGUAUUCAAAUACAAGUAUUCUAAUAAGGUGAAAUUAGAAGUAUUUUUCUUUGUAA